UCUCAUGAAGCUGAGCCAUGAGACUGUGACCAUUGAACUGAAGAAUGGGACGCAGGUGCAUGGAACUAUCACAGGGGUGGAUGUCAGUAUGAACACGCAUCUCAAAGCAGUGAAAAUGACGCUGAAGAACAGAGAACCCGUUCAGCUGGAGACGCUGAGCAUUCGAGGGAAUAACAUCCGGUACUUCAUUCUCCCGGACAGUCUGCCUCUGGAUACUUUGCUAGUGGAUGUGGAACCAAAAGUCAAAUCCAAGAAAAGAGAAGCAGUUGCUGGAAGGGGCCGUGGCAGAGGCCGUGGGAGAGGCCGAGGUCGUGGAAGAGGAAGAGGGGGCCCAAGACGAUAACUUCUCACCACGCAACUCUUACCAAAUUUGGGGAAGUUUCGGAUAUUUUUUUGUACAGGUCUUGUUUAUGGUAUCCAUUUUUAAUAAACUGAAAUGUGAAAAA